CCCCUCUCUCUCUCUGUGUGUACCGAACAAAAUCAUUCUUUGUAUAUAUAUGACGUUAGCGUCGGUGUUUUUACGAGCGAAUUUACGUCGUCGAUAUAUACAUGGUGUCUUCUACGUAACGUAACCCGUGACUUUUCUAUACUAGAAUAUUCUGUGUAUUAUUGAAUGCGUUCUUUGUAAUUAUUAUCGACCUUUGAUCUGGACAUGCAUAAUUCGUCGCUUGCGAUUGAACGUUCCUCGAUGAGGAACGUGUUUCAAUUUCAUAAGAUCCAAGUGAACCUUCGCAUACCUUCGCUUUUUCUAAACUACUUUAUCAAAAGGACCAGAAGUUAACGAGAUUUUCCAUUAGAGAAAGGAUUCGUCGUCGAUUAAAACCGAUCUUACGACAAUUUUAUGGACUUCUCUUCGAACGAAUCUUGGGAAGAACUUUCGCGAAGAAAAUAAUAAUUAAGGGUGCAAGGAAAAAAGAUUGAAAUGCGUCCCUUCCGUAUAGUAGAUGAGAAGAUCGUUUUUUUGUGCCACGUUCGUGCACAUCUCAAACAAGUUAUUUGUGAUAGAUUUGUGAAAGAAAAAUAAGACGAGUUAGACAAGGGAAGAGAAGAAAAUAAAGGAAAGGUGAGACAUCUAAAAAAGAGCGAAAGGAGUCCAUGCGCCGAAACGGGGGAGAUUCGUUAGCCGACGAAGAUGCCGCUUCCGAGUAUUCUCAGGAAAGCGAGCAGUUACAUCCUCGGCGACGGCAGCCAGGAUGAACGUCGUACGAUCUAUCAGGAUGGCGAGGCAUUGUUUUGUAAGAACAAUGUCUGCGUGCAUCCCCCAACUUUGACGCGUCAGAAUUCUGACGUGGUGCAUCAUCCUGGAUACAUGACCAUAACCUGUAAGUUUAAUAAGAAUUCUGACGUGCCAACUUUGCAUCUUAGUUGGAUACCUAAUAGCACCUUACGUAAACAUCCAACUACUUUGGAGAGUCUAAAUGUAAGAAAGCUGGAAAGCAUUGUGACGUCUCGUGAUACAGAAACUAGCGAGCCAUGUCAUACAAAGAUUUCAGAAUUGGGAGAGAAACGUUAUGAGAGCAGCUGCGAGAAGGAAUCUCUGGAGGAGAGAGUCGACGUUUGUCUGGAAGCUAAAGAACCUAUUAGGUGUGGCGAUUGCGAACGCGUUUGUUCUGGAGGAUUUUCUACUGGAAUACGUAUUUGCGAGGAAGAAGACUCUUCUAAGGAUAUUGGUGAGCUUCAGAGAAAGGAAAAAAGUAAUCGAUAUAGAAAUUUAGUCAAUGGGGAGGAAAAAGGAAAUAUCUGUGAUGCUUCAGGAAUCAUUAGAAAGGAGAGGGAUCAAGGGGUCAAUCGUUUUCGUUCGGAAUCAAUGGAAGAAGCAGAAAAAUGUAAGAAUAUCGUUGACAAUGAUUAUAAAAAUGUAGAAGACGAUCGAAUACAUUUAUGUUACGACAAUGUGAGUAUCAAGAGUCGUAGUAUGUCACUGAGUUCUACUUGUAGUCUCUCUAUAUCUACGCACACAGAUGCUGAAGAAAUACCAUCGUGGAUGAGAUCGCCCGAACUUUUGGCACUACAACAUAAUCUUACUUUUCCUGAAAGUGCAACUGCCUCUCCUGUUACAUUGAGAAGAGCUCACAGAUGUAGAAGAUUUUCCGUGGAUCUUAGUGAAAUGCGAUCCUUGAGGUUAUUCUUUGCAAAUCCAGCUUGUACGUGCGGACAAUUGGUAGUCGCUAGCAGAGAAAGUCAAUACAAGAUUUUACACUUUCAUCAUGGUGGAUUGGAUCGUCUAGCUGCUACUUUACACCAAUGGCAUCAAUUACUUUAUCCUAGAUUGGAUGCUGAUACAGAGGAAACUCUACCUUAUAGGCAUUUUAUGGUUUGCCGACCUGAGGUGAGCCGCGAUGAACUGCAUCCUGAAGAAGGACAAGUUCCAAUGAUUACGUCUUUAGCAUGGAAAGACUUAUUAAAUGAAAAGGGACAGGUGGAAGAUGAUUUGGCUCUCCGUAAAGGAAUCUUUUUUGGAGGGUUGGAACCAGCUUUAAGAAAAAUUGUUUGGCCCUUCCUUUUACAUUGUUAUUCUUAUCAAAGUGCUUAUGAAGACAGAGAACAAAUUGAUGCUCUUAGGAGACAAGAAUACGAGGAAAUUCAAAAACGUAGACUGAACAUGAAUCCCGAGCAGGGAGAACGUUUUUGGCGAAAUGUAGUUUGUAUAGUGGAAAAGGAUGUCGUACGAACAGAUAGAGGAAAUCCAUAUUACGCUGGAGAGGAUAAUCCAAAUAUCGAAGUUAUGAAAAAUAUCUUAUUAAAUUACGCGGUUUAUAAUCCCCGAUUGGGAUACACUCAAGGUAUGUCUGAUUUAUUGGCUCCAUUAUUGGCAGAACUCAAUUCAGAAAUCGAUGCCUUCUGGUGUUUUGCUGGAUUGAUGCAAAGAUCGGUAGCAGUAUGUACGCCUACCGAUGUAGAUAUGGAUAGAAAUUUGUGCUAUCUCAGAGAAUUAAUUAGGAUUAUGGUGCCAGAUUUCUAUAUUCAUCUACAAAAACAUACAGAUGCCUUAGAAUUAUUAUUUUGUCAUCGAUGGAUCCUCUUGUGUUUAAAACGUGAAUUUCCAACCGAAGUUGCUCUCAUCAUGUGGGAAGCUUGUUGGGUCAACUAUUUAACGGAUCACUUUCAUUUGUUCCUUUGUUUAGCCAUAAUGUGCGUUUACGCCGACGACGUAAUAGCGCAAGAUCUUAGAACCGACGAAAUGCUAUUGCAUUUUAGUUCACUUGCCAUGUAUAUGGAUGGAAAUUUGAUAUUAAGAAAAGCACGUGGUCUUCUUCAUAAUUUUCGUCAGCUUGUUCGCUUACCUUGUACACUUGCUGGACUUUGUCGCCAAUGUGGUCCAGGAAUGUGGGAUAGCAGUCAUGAUCCGGUAAUUGAAUGUAUAGGUCACGAAGAUGCACCAUGCCCUUAUUUGGAUAAUUACGACUAACGACCUAAUUUAUUAUAUUAACGAUUACAUAUAACGCUACAUGCAAAUUUACUCAUAACUGGAUUUAAUGAAAGUAAAAAAAAAAAAAAAAAAGAAAGAAAGAACCGAACACGUUUCCGGUUUGUAGGUACAAAAUUAAGUCUGCCUCUGAAUAUUUUCAAUAUCAUUCGCAUAAAUUCGUAUUCAAUUUCGGUAUAAGAUGAUGGUCCAGAUAAUAUGUAUCCAAUGAGUUAUAUCGAAUAUCAAUUUAGUCAAACCUGAAAAAUACACAUAUCUGUAACAAAAAUACGAUUUUUGAUAAGAGCAGCCAACGUUUCAAAGAAAAAUGAACAAAUUUGGUAGUGAUAUAGAAAAUGA